UACAAAGCGACGAAGGUCACGGCGCGAGGAGGUGCGCGCCGCCGCGCCCCGCGAUUCGCCUGCGGCCCUCGCCCGCGCCGCCGCCUACUGCCCGCCACCUGCCGCCCGCCUCCCGCCUCCCGCCGACCGCGCGGGAGCCAUGGAGGGAGUGAGCGCGCUGCUGGCCCGCUGCCCCACGGCCGGCCUGGCCGGCGGCCUGGGGGUCACGGCGUGCGCCGCGGCCGGCGUGCUGCUCUACCGGAUCGUGCGCAGGUCCCAGCCGACGCACACGACCGUCAACUGCUGGUUCUGCAACCACGACACGGUGGUGCCCUACGGGAACCGCAACUGCUGGGACUGCCCCCACUGCGAGCAGUACAACGGCUUCCAGGAGAACGGCGACUACAACAAGCCGAUCCCCGCCCAGUACCUGGAGCACCUGAACCACGUGGUGAGCAGCGCGCCCAGCCCCUGCGCCCCCGCGCAGCCGCAGGCGCAGCAGUGGGUGAGCAGCCAGGUGCUGCUGUGCAGGCGGUGCAGCCACCACCAGACCACCAAGAUCAAGCAGCUGGCCGCCUUCACGCCGCGCGACGAGGGCAGGUACGACGAGGAGAUCGAGGUGUACCGCCACCACCUGGAGCAGAUGUACAAGCUGUGCCGGCCGUGCCAGGCGGCCGUUGAGCACUACAUCAAGCACCAGAACCGCCAGCUGCGCGCCCUGCUGCUCAGCCACCAGUUCAAGCGCCGGGAGGCGGACCAGAGCCACACGCAGAGUUUCUGCUCGUCCGCGGCGAAGGCCCCGGCCCAGGUCAUCAUGCUCCGCGCCCUCGCCUUCCUGGCCUGCGCCUUCCUGCUGGCCACCACGCUGUACGGCGCCAGCGACCCCUUCGCCCCGGGGGGCACCCUGCCCCCAGCUCUGCCCCCCGGAGGCAAUGGCUCUGCCACCCCCGACAACGGCACUGCCGCCGGGGCGGAGGGCUGGCGCCAGCUGCUGGGCCUGCUGCCGGAGCACGGGGCGGAGAAGCUGCGGGAGGCCUGGGCCUUCGGGCGGAGCCACCAGACCGGCGUUGUGGUGCUGGGCCUGCUCACCUGCCUGCUGGCCAUGCUGCUGGCCGGCCGCAUCAGGCUCCGGAGGAUUGACGCCUUCUCCGCCUGCCUGUGGGCCCUGCUGCUGGGGCUGCACAUGGCCGGGCAGUACCUGCCGGCGGCCUCGCCCAGCUGGCUGGACACGCUCAAGUUCAGCACCAUGUCCCUGUGCUGCCUGGUGGGCUUCACGGCAGCCGUGGCCACGAGGAAGGCGACAGGCCCGCGGAGGUUCCGGCCCCGAAGGUACCUCCCCGGAGACCCGGCCGGCCUCUUCCCCGCGUGCCCCAGCCUGGCCGUGCCCUGCCCCGGCGUCCCAGGCUCUCCUCCAUCUCUGCUGCUCCCCGCCCCGCCCGGCCUCCUGCCCCUCGCCGGCCAGCCGCUGUUCCGCUCCCCCCGACGGGCCUCGCCCUCCUCGCUGCCCGGCCGCCUCAGCCGGGCGCUCUCGCUGGGGACCCUGCCCUCCCUGACCCGGACAGACUCAGGCUACCUGUUCAGUGGGAGCCGCCCGCCGUCCCAGGUGUCUCGAGCCGGGGAGCUUCCCCUUUCAGACUACUUCUCCCUGCUGUCCGGGAGCUGCCCCUCCUCCCCACUCGCCUCCCGCGCGCCCUCCGUGGCCGGCUCGGUGGCCUCCAGCUCUGGCUCUCUGAGCCACCGCAGGCCCCUCAUCAGCCCUGCCCGGCUCAACCUGAAGGGGCAGAAGCUGCUGCUGUUCCCGACGCCCCCCGGGGAGGCCCCCAGCACCCCCAGCAGCUCCGACGACCACUCGCCGCACAACGGCAGCCUCUUCAGCCUCGAGCCACCCCAGGCCCCUCGGAGGCAGCCGGCGCAGGACACGAAGCAUACUCUGGACAUGAGGUCGGUGCCGGAGAGAAGCAGCGCCUGCAGCAGCCGCUCCAUCAAGAAGGAGGACGACUCCUCACAGUCGUCCACCUGUGCGGUGGACACCACCACCAGGGGCUGCCCCGAGGGGGCCGCCGCCUGGACAGGUCGUUUCGGCCCCUCCCUGGUCCAGGGCCUCCUGGCCGUGAGCUUGGCUGCCAACGCCCUCUUCACCUCGGCCUACCUGUACCAGAGCCUGCGCUGACCCCAGGGCCUCUGGCGCCCGCGGGGUCCCAGAGGGCGCACCCAGGUGCAUGCUGCCGCCGCCACUGCCGCCUCGGAGCCUCUUCCUGGGGCCCUGGACCAACUGCCUGGAGUCCUGGCCCCGGGACCCCUCCCCCACCACCGGACUGAGGGGCUGGCCUGGGCCGUGGGGCCGCCCUCCCCCGCCCACCUCUGGACUCACAUCAGUCGUGUUUGGUGCUGCCCGAAGCCAGGGGUCCGCCCCGGGGCUGCCCGGCCCUGGGGCCCCUUCCCCCAGCCCCGCCCUGCCUGUGCGGGCCGCCCCUGCACCACGGCCGUGGGCACGUCGCAGUACUGUACUCCCCGGACCACCGGGCGCUGCAGGCCCCCUGGGGAGGCCGGGGGGGGGGGCCCUUGAGGACGAGCGUGCUCUGCCCGGUCCUGCCCCUCCUGCUGGCCUUGGCCAGGCCUGUCCUCCAGCCGCUCUGACGGGCAGUGGGGUCCCUGGCCCCGGGCACCUCCAUUCCUGGGUCUUGGGGGCCCAGCUGGGCCUUCAGGACUAGUCUAAGCACCUCACCCCCAGACCCCUUUCUGCCCAAGUGCACCCCUGUUCUGUUACCUCUGGUGACCUUCCCAGGCAAGCAGCCUCAUCACCCUGAGAAACUACCCAGGACCCGGCCUUGUGUGCUGCCUCAGGGGCCUCACCCGACCCUCAGCCACGGACUGCCUGGGCAGCCCGCCGUCACCAAGGAGACCGGGCCCGACCCACCCUGAACCUGGCUCCUUUCAGCCGCUGAGACCCCUCCUUCUCCCCUUAUGUUCUCCUGUCACUGUGGCCUGAGCGUGACCUCCUGUCUUUAGGCCACCGUGGCUGGCUUUGCUCCCCAGCUCCCCUUAGCCCCGGCCACCUCCGUGACCACCCCCGCAGGCGUGCCCGCACCCUCAUCCUGGUGCUGGGGUCCCAUCGUGCCUCUCGGGAGGAAGCAGGGAGCUCGGUCCUACACGGGGACCCUUGCAGAGCCAUGAGGGGGAAGGGAGCGUGGGUGUCAGGCCCCUGUCCCUGCCGCCCUGGGCCUCGGACGCCAGUGUGCAUGUGCGUGACAGUGCACACACGUCUGCCACGUGGGGAGGAACUGGCGGCCUGGAGGAACUCAGACUUGGGGGUCCCGGGGGCAGGAGGAAGGGUCUUCACUCUGUCAUUCAGGGAUAAAGUUCCAUUUUAUUUUUCUACACGUCUCUGCCGGGGAAGGCAUCGUGCUGAUCAGCAGGUGCCCCGAGUCUCCCUGCCAGGGAGGUCUAGUUUUUUUAAGCUUUGGGUGCUUUUUUAGUAAUUUUUUUUACCACGUGGGGAAGGAGACUGCUCUGACUUCCCUCCCUCUCUUCCCCCCACUCCUGUCCCGAGAGCGCCUGUGCCCUGCCCUGCCCCCGCCCAGACCGGGGGGGCCGGGGGCCACACCAGGACCCUGAGUCCAACUGCCCUAAAUGGUUCCAACUCAGAGACGGUGUCUCUUGGCCCCCGUUUGUACAGUGGGCGCGUGUGUCGACUUUUUAACUUUAUUUUUUGCCUAAUAAAGCCAAACUCCAUUCUCGAA